AUGUUCAACCCAAGGAACAUGGCUGAACGAAAGAGGAAGCCCAAGUUUUCCAAGGAAGAACUGGACAUUCUGGUCACUGAGGUGACCCGAAAUGAAGCCAUGCUGUUUGGGAGGGAGACAAUGCGUCUAUCCCAUGCUGACAGGGACAAGAUCUGGGAAGGCAUAGCCAGGCAGAUCACAUCAGUCAGCCAGGUUCCCAGAUCUGUAAAAGACAUUAAGCACAGAUGGGACGACAUGAAGAGAAGGACCAAGGACAAACUGGCAUUCAUGCAGAGGUCCCUCUCCAGCCCCGGCAGCACGGGGCGGCCCUCGGCCAUCGUCCUGACCGCCCACGAGAGAGCCAUCGAGUCGACGCUGCAUUCGUCACGCCAGAUGCACGGCUUCCGGAGAGCGGAUCUGGACGUGGUUGACAGCCCGUCAACAAGCUCUGACGAAGAUGAAGAGAUGCCAGGCACUUCUCGGAAACACCGCUUCUCAUCGCUGCAGAGGGCCGGUGCAGGAGUCAACCAGCUCUCCGGGCCCUCCUUCCUCCACACUUCUUCCUCAUCAGAGCACUCGGAAGCUACCAGCCAAAGGCAGGAAGUGCACCGUCCAUCCCCGCGCACCACCUCGUCCUGCAGACCCGCGCACCCCCGCACAAGGAGCCCGCCCCUCUCCAGCUUUGAUCGCCAGCUUCUCCAUUCCCACACGCAGCAAACAGACCUGUUCAGGCAGUUCUGCCAGGAGCUGGUGGCUAUUCACAGAGACAUGACAGACAGCAUGCAUGUCAUUGGUCAGAGGAUGGCUGACCUUACCAGCCAGGUUGGCCAGAUGUGCCAGACCCUGUCGGAAAUCCGUGAUGGGGUCCAGGCUUUCCAUAGGAUACAGGAUCCUAGUGUCAUGCAGGGGUCUAUUCUGCAAGCAGCUUGCUCAAAACAGCCCCCUGAGCCCAGUGCAGAGUCUAACCAAAACCCCCCAAAACAGACUCCUUCUGCACGGACUACCAGGUCACGAAAGAGAAAACACCAUUUUUAGUCUGCUUUAUAUAAAGUAAAGAAGGGCGCCGCUUCCUGAGCUGCUGCAUGCUCACGUGGCCUCUCCAUGUGUAUCAGUACUCUGUGGGGAAGGUCAACAGCUGCCCUAACCCAUCCUUCCCCCUGCUAGCUAACAGAGCAGUAUGAAUUAUGGCAGCUGAAUAGUAGGGCUGGCCCUCUGCAACAGCAAAGAGGAAUCUCAAAUCUUACAGAGCUUGGGAUGUAGGACAUCUUUCUGUUCAUAGAGAGUAGGAGUUUUCACUGGCUUCCCUGUGCUUUGCACGCUCUAUAAGCUAAGAGAUGCAAUAGGAAUCAUUAUCUUGAUCUCUUCUCAUGCCUGUAGAACAUUAUUUACUGAGACAGUGUAAUAGAGAGCUCCCUUUGCAAUCAACCCACAAAUUUACCCUACUACUGCCUUCCCAUCAUCUUCGUGCAAAUUAGUAUAUGCACUGUGCAGAGAUACAUCCUUAUGGCUCUAAAAACUCUUAUUGCUCAUUAUUUUUAUCUUGCGUUCAGCAAUAAUGGGCAAUCCAGGGCUUACUGUGACUUACGCACAGGUUUGGGGAGAGGGGUGUAAAAGCACAGCUUGUGCAGGGAAGGGAAGAAGGCAUGAUGCUGAGGACAGGAGGACAGAUCUGAGCACUGUGUGGUUUUAGACUGCUGAGAAGGGCUGCUGUGGCACGUGCCCGGAUCCUGCAGUACCACAUGCACUUAUAUCAAAAAGUUUAAUUUUUUUCUGCUCCAGUCUGAAACCCCUACCUACCCUUCACAAUUGCAGUUAAAAUACAAUUAUUUCAUAAUAUGACAACAUUUAAAGAGAAUUGUAUCAUAUUAUUUUCUUGCAUGUUAUAAUCUUCAGUUUUGAACCACCGCACCCUCUUCAAAAUGUGAGAGACUGCACAGAAACAAGGAAAGAUACAGGGCCUGCUCCUGACCUCGGGAACAGUUUGGUUUUGUGUCGCUGCAAUUCUGUCAAUUUGAGUACAGUUACUUUGCACUUACUCAGUGUUAUUUAGGGUGGGAUCUGUACUGUGUUCUCCUAUUGUGAAGAGUUUACAAUCUAAAUUCACAGCUCUGUAGGUUAAAAUCUUAGACAUGUUGGUUUUGUACUGCUUUCUUUCCCCAUACAGACGCAAGAAAGAACUGUGUUACAACAUUUGAAUUGCUUUAGUGCUGCAUAAAGUUUCCAUGUACAACCCUGAUUCUGAAACUAGGCUUAAUAAUGUCACCUCAGGUGGUAACAUAUAUGUGGCAGCUUUUUUACAACAUGUCUGUCUUCUGCUUGAUUUGCACAUCUGCACCUACCAUGCUGCCCCCAUCUCUGGAAAAAUCUGGACCAUUAUCAUGUCAUGUUUCAGCAGGGAAAAGGGCCAAGGUGUUACCCACGCACAGUUAGCAUUCUGCUGCUCUCCGGACCGUCCUAUUGUAUGUAGAGGUGGGUUGCAGGAAACUAUUCAAGUUAGUAUGAAUGCCUGUCGUCAUGCCAUGUCUGGGCUACAGACUUGCCGAAAAGUUGUAUAAACUUCAGCGGAAAUUGAACAUAGGCAGCGCAGUAUAGCAGAAGGAUGGCUUGUUUUCUAUGAUCUUGAAGGAUCUUUAAUCUGUCUGGCCUGCCCUUUGAAAGUAUAGUGCACUAGCUUCUCUUCUGGAAAGCUCACUGUAUGUCUGCUGUGUCAGGCAUUCCUGACGUGCUUUUCCUUUUUUCUUUUUAAUUGUUCUGUAAAUCUAAUUCAAGUAAUUUAUUUUUAGUGGUGCGGUAAAAGGCCCUUGCUCAAGGAAGCAGAGGUCUGGCAAGGAGAAAAACCUCCUUUCUGAGGAAUGACCCACGCUGGUUUCAUGCAGAAGACGUUCUUUGUAGUGCUGGUGCCAGACCAGGGCAGUACUCACUCACCUUCCUCUGAGAAUGUCAUUUUACUUCUGUUGUAACAUUUGUAUUCUGCAAACGUCACAGUCUCUCUUCAGUUGAAGGGUAGAUUGGGAAAUCUGGUAGAAGUGGAUCUAAUUUAUGAAUCACAGAGAACCGAAAAAAUGGUGAUAUGUUUUAAAGGCUUUCUGAGUCAAUACAGUGCUGCUGCUAUAUAUUAGAAGUAGUAUUUUAUAUUUUUAUAAUAUUUGGUCCCUGCUAGUGUUCUCCCACGGCUAUACUGAUAGGAUUAGCUCCUCUGAUGUUGUCCAGGGGUAUCCCUUCCGGGGAACCCUCAGGUCUGCAGAGGAGGAGACUCCUGCAGGUGCUGGGCACUGGGGGGAGUUGGCAUCGUUGCUGCCAUCAGUUUGCCCACACAGAUGUAUUCAGAGAGAGAACCCCGUUGUCCUGGCGCAGGAUGCGCAGUCUUCAAUGCAAACUGCCAAAGGCUGGGCUCUGGUCAGGAGAAAGUACCUUAUACUAUAAACUGCCUGAUGUCUCCCCCAGUUUCCUCUGUGGACUAUUACAGAUUGGCCCAGAUCUGGGGACGUAUCUCCUGCCCUGUGUAGACCCCUCGGUGGAGUGGCUUUUCUGUACUGGCUCACAAAGGAUACUUCGUCCUGCACCCAUCAUGUUAACUGGCUGUUGAAGUAAGUGCCCAUGUCAAAGCAAACUGCUGUGCUCAACCCCAGUGUCUCCAUGUCUUGUACAUGCUGAAAAAAUUCUCUCUUUAAAAGUAUUUUUGUUAAGAAUGCAAUAAAUAUA